AUGUACAGAACCAAAGUGGGCCUGAAGGACCGCCAGCAACUCUACAAGCUCAUCAUCAGUCAGCUGCUGUAUGACGGUUACAUCAGCAUCGCCAACGGCCUCAUCAACGAGAUCAAGCCCCAGUCCGUGUGCGCGCCGUCGGAGCAACUCCUGCAUCUCAUCAAACUAGGAAUGGAAAAUGAUGACAGUGCGGUGCAGUACGCAAUUGGCCGUUCAGACACCGUCGCCCCUGGCACGGGGAUUGACCUGGAGUUUGAUGCCGAUGUCCAGACCAUGUCCCCAGAAGCUUCCGAGUAUGAAACGUGCUACGUCACAUCCCACAAAGGGCCUUGCCGUGUGGCCACGUACAGUCGAGAUGGGCAGUUAAUAGCCACCGGGUCUGCCGAUGCCUCCAUAAAGAUCCUGGACACAGAACGGAUGUUGGCAAAGAGCGCCAUGCCGAUAGAGGUCAUGAUGAACGAGACUGCACAGCAGAACAUGGAAAACCACCCAGUGAUCCGAACGCUCUACGACCAUGUGGAUGAAGUGACGUGUCUGGCCUUCCACCCAACAGAGCAGAUCCUGGCCUCCGGUUCAAGGGACUACACGCUCAAGUUGUUCGAUUACUCCAAACCUUCCGCCAAGAGAGCCUUCAAGUACAUUCAGGAAGCCGAAAUGCUGCGCUCCAUCUCCUUCCACCCCUCCGGAGACUUCAUCCUCGUGGGCACUCAGCACCCUACCCUGCGGCUUUACGACAUCAACACCUUCCAGUGCUUCGUCUCCUGCAAUCCUCAGGACCAGCACACAGACGCCAUCUGCUCCGUUAACUACAACCCCAGUGCCAACAUGUACGUGACCGGCAGCAAGGACGGCUGCAUCAAGCUGUGGGACGGCGUUUCCAACCGCUGCAUCACCACCUUCGAGAAGGCGCACGACGGCGCCCAGGUGUGCUCCGCCAUCUUUUCCAAAAACUCCAAGUACAUCCUGUCAAGCGGAAAAGACUCUGUAGCCAAACUCUGGGAAAUCUCCACCGGCCGCACGCUGGUCAGAUACACAGGUGCCGGGCUGAGCGGGCGCCAGGUGCACCGGACGCAGGCCGUGUUCAACCACACCGAGGACUACGUGCUACUGCCGGACGAACGGACCAUCAGCCUCUGCUGCUGGGACUCUCGCACAGCCGAGCGCCGGAACCUGCUGUCGCUGGGCCACAACAACAUCGUGCGCUGCAUCGUGCACUCGCCCACCAACCCCGGCUUCAUGACCUGCAGCGACGACUUCCGCGCGCGCUUCUGGUACCGCAGGUCCACCACCGACUGA